GGGCGGCGGGCAGGUGCGCGGCGGCUGCGGCGUGAGCGGGCGCUGGGGCCGCGUCCCCCCGCCGCCCCUCCCUCCCUCUCUUCCCGCCGCUCGCUUCCUUCUCCGACUUCUCUUCCUCCUCCGUUCCGUCCUCCCGGCGGCUCGCGAAAGGCGCAGCCCCCCCCCGCGGGGGCGCCCGUCGGCGGGGUGCGCAGCCCCGCUUCGCCCGGCCACCAUGGCGCGCGGGAGGUUCCUCAGAAGACGAUGAGGUCAUUCAAGAAGGUCUCCUCAGGCUCAGCAGGGGCGAGUAAAGGUGGAGACGAGCCCGGGAAGUUGCCGGAGCAGGAAGAAGAGGAAGAAUCCCAGGUUUUGCACGGAACCGGCCAUUGCAAAUGGUUCAAUGUGAGAAUGGGAUUCGGGUUCAUCUCCAUGAGCAACCGAGAGGGAAGCCCUUUGGAGUCUCCGGUUGAUGUCUUUGUACACCAAAGCAAGCUUUACAUGGAAGGAUUUAGAAGCCUAAAAGAAGGAGAACCAGUGGAAUUUACUUUUAAGAAAUCUUCCAAAGGCCUUGAAUCAAUACGGGUAACAGGCCCUGGUGGGAGCCCCUGUUUAGGAAGUGAAAGACGACCCAAAGGGAAGACAGUACAAAAAAGAAAACCAAAGGGAGAUAGAUGCUACAACUGUGGCGGUCUCGACCACCACGCUAAAGAAUGUAGUCUACCUCCGCAGCCAAAGAAGUGCCAUUACUGUCAGAGCAUCAUGCACAUGGUGGCUAACUGCCCCCAUAAAACUGUCUCGCAGCAGCCCACUAGUUCUCAGGGAAGACACGAAGCUGAGCCGCAGCCUUCCACUUCUGCUUUCCCGAGAGAAGGGGGAGGAACGCAUGGCUACUCAUCUCCAUCAUACUCUCAGGAGGGCAGGUUGGAGAUCUCAGAUCAUGCGGGCAGGUCACCACAGGAAGCUUCAUCAAGUAAGUUGUCUGUGUCACCCGAAGAACCGAGCAGAAAAGGGCCUUCUGUUCAGAAAAGGAAAAAAACUUAAAACAUUUGUCAUAACUUUCAAUUUUCUUUAUCCUCUUGGGAUGUCUACCUCAUGCAAGUACAGGGGAAAUAAUUUCAUUAUCAGUACCUGACCUGGAAUUUUAACUACUGUUGAGGAACUGUGAAUUUUUUUUCUUUGACAGACAAAUCACUCCAAGCAAAGUACAUUUGAGCAGGGUGCAUUAUGUUUUACCUUCUGUAAGUGUGUAUGAGUGUGCAUACGCAUGUGUGUAUGUGUACAUAUCUAUAAAUAUAUAUUUUUUCCAUCAGACCACUCUCGAGCUCCCACAAGACAUUACUGUGAAACAAUAGGCACAGUAUCCACAUAUGUUCCUGAACUCAUUCCUAGAACCUAUUUCCAAACAUGUUUAAAAAAAAGAAACAAACAAGAAAACCAAGAAAUCUCCUUCAAAACCAAACCAGACCUGAAAAACAACACAGAGAAGUGAGAUCCAAGACUGUUACUUCUCUUGUGAACCAAAGGAUACUUUCAUAUUUAAAAGCUGCCGUAUGGUACUAAAUAGAUACUAAGACAUCCCCCAUGCCAUCAAUUUGAGUUAUUUUCUUUCUCAUCUCCACAAAGUAUCAAACCCCCUUCCCUCCCUGUGUGCCCAUGCAGGGCAGUGUCAUGGCUUGGCAUGGCUCUCAUUGCCCCCAUCCUUUGUUGGUGUGGAGUUUAAAGCUCCAGAAAAGACAAUGAAUGUGUAGCUUCUGUGCUGGUUUCUCAAAAUGUUUUGUUAAAUUAAUAUGGUUGUAAUUGUAAUUAUAGGUGACUGUUAUGUAGGGGAGAAUGUAUAAGUUGUUACCAAACAGACCCUUUUUGAGUGGAAUCAGGAUACUAUCCUGUUUAACCCUUUCAAUUCUGUGAACAUUUAGGGGACCUUUGUGGCAGUAGCAGCAGCAGCAGCAACUUCUCUUGGUCCCACAUAGUGCCCCUCAAUUUGAAGAGUCUUCUGUCUUAUUUUCUGUUGAAAUGCAAUUGAGACAACUCCCUAGUGAUUUUUGUUGUUGAUGUCCAUUUUGGUUUUGAAAGAAAACAAAAUGCAAAGCUAAUGAGAUCCUGGGAUAUAUACUUUAAGAAUAAAGGUAGAUUAGUACUUGGGGUUGCUCAGCCAGCCUCCCUUGCAGAUGGUAAAAGCAUACGUACAGCCAAGAACAACAGGUGUCUGCUGCAGACAAGCCUGAGUGAAGGAAUCUGCAGGUUUGCCAGAAGCCAUGGGUGUCAUCUGCUUCAUGUGAACUGGAGACUGUUGCUGACCAGCCUCAGUCCAGAGCGUGCUGGGACCACACACUUCUACAUUAAGGAGGAGAAAGACUGGUGGCCUCAGAGUGAGACUCCCUGGGCUGCAGCCCUUGCUCAGGGUUAAUAGAGUUGUAGCCUAUCAAAACUUCAAGUCGCUUUCCGUUUGUAACUCCUGAAUUACCAAGUCAUACGUAAGAUAACGUACUUUGACAAAUCCCAUUGCAGAUGUAAGUUAAUUAGAGAAACCUGUAUAAUCCUUAACGUUGGCAAUAAACACAGGCUGUUAAAGCUUGAAAGAGUCAGGUAGGUUUAAGCUUGGAUAAUCAAACUAAAGAAACAGCCUGCGGGAAAUGCUACAGCGAUUAAGUCCUGUACAAAGUCCUACACAUGGUACCUCCUUUGCAGCUGAUUGUUACAACAGGUAUGCAGCUGGUUUAUUACGUGGCCUUCCCCUUCCCACUUGUCCUGCCAGAUGAGACUUUUACUAUUGCUGCUGCUGCUGCUUCAGUGAACAGGCAGUAAUCAAAUGCCUCAGUGAAGGGCACGAUUUCAAGAUAGCUAUUUUGUGUGAAUUCCUUGCCAGUGUUUGUGAGACUUUCAAUGGUUUAUACUGAAGUUCUCAGUAUGCUAAUGCAAAGCUUACCUUUGACGAUAUUGAAUGUGAUAUACUUAUAGAGAAGAACUUCCUUGCCUUACGUAAGGAUAGUAAACUUAUUUAAAUUAUGUAGACAAAUCAAAGUGGCAUUGCUUAACUUUCUAGCCGGUGUAAAAACCAGGUUAAACAGCAAAGAUGCAAAACUUAGGUCACUUUGAAAAUUUAAACCAAAGUUCCUUAUAGAAUAGGCAAUUGUGGAUUUGAAAACUGGUCAUUCCCUGUUUAUAUGUAACAAGUUCAGAGCUGAGAUAAGGAAGUAUUUUUAACAUGCAGAUUGUAAUUGGUGCUCUUUGAAAUCAUCGUGCGCACCAAAGUCAGACUGAACUCCUAAGAGCACAUACCAAACCCUAUCUUAUUGUUGAAAGCUUAAGGUUUUAUUUUUAUAUAUUAGAAUGUUAUCACUAUUACAUAACAUACUCAGGACAAAGAACUUUGCUCAGGGAAUAUACCAUGUAAUGUUUUUUCUUUACAGAGUAGUCUACAGACCUGCUUACUCAGAACAAACCAAAUAGUCUUAGACCUUUGUAUCUUUAUAUAAGUAUUAUGUACUGAUAUUAGUAACUACCUCUGAGUUGACAUAGACCUACACUUCUGAUAAUCAGAUCUCUGCGUUUUGUGUUAUAAGUUCCUGUGAAAUGAAAAAGUGGUGUUGUGUACUGGUUGCUUAUAUAAGCAUUCGUGUCUUUACAUUCACAGGGUCUGAGUUUUCAGAGAGGCUAGGCAACCACAGCUCCCACUGAUUUCCCGUUGGAGUUACUGGUGCUUAGCUUUUCUAGAAGGGGAGGGAUGGACGACAAGGGGUGGAGGGAAAAGAGAAGAAACACAAAAGCAUCAAGCCCACUUUGUUUACAUAGGUGACAAUAAAAUUAUUAUUCUGUUUACAGCAAAAGACUACCUCAUAUUUACUGCAUGAACACACCUUUGUGCUGCUCUAGCCUUAAAGGUGGCUGUUGAUCUAUGGUACAUAAUUUUUAUCUGUACUAAAUAAGUAACUGAUAGUUCACCGCUGCAUACAUUAUGGCAAAUACUUAAGAUUAACCAUUCGUUUGAAAUUAUGAGAUGUUUCCAAACAUUUCUUUAAGAGUUUUUGUUUUUCUGUCUAAAGGAUUAUGGGCACUGUUCAUGAAAAUAAAUACAUCUCCUAAAGAGACAUGUACGUGCAGUGCAAGCUGCAGCAGGUACCUACUUAGCACUGGGCUGCCCUAGAAAAAAAAUCUAGCUGUACUCCUUCAAUAGCCUGUUCCAAAUAAGCAAAGAACCCUUUAAAGGAAGAGGCACAGACUGAGUUUGGGAUUCUUCCUUCAUGUCUAAGGACAAAAUUAAUAUUCUGCAGCAUCGGCUCAGCCUAGAUUUCCCCUAUUCACCAGCCUGUCCUUGCCAGGAUGCUUCACAAUAAAACUCAUUUGAGUAGAAAUAGUUCAACUAUCUGCUCAGACAGAUGUAUUUUUCUCCUAACAAUACUGGAGAUAAGGUUAAAACUGGAACAAGAAUCUCCCUCCCUCCCAUUCCCCAAAAUACUUGAUGUAGUCAUAAGCGUUGUGAGGUGGUUUUUACUCUUGCCCCAAGAAGAGGUCAUUGUAUUUAUUUACAUGCCACAGAAGUUAGGCCAUGAGGAAGGCUUGCAUUUGGAGGAGGAGCCAGGUAACUUUUUGCUACAGUUGAUGAUUAAUCUGGCGAUACUGCUUUUAGCCAGCUUUCAGAGUGCCAAACACCACAUUUGGAUUCUACUUCUUCCCUCUGUAGGCCACCUUUUUCAGCCCAGUUUUACUUUGCAUCAGUGUUAUCCUUGAGUUCCUGCUCAGUCAUACUUAGUUUUGUGAAUAGCGCCCCAUAAAAAGUGUUUAUAGAUCUUGUAACAUUCUUUGUAAGAAGAGUUAUUAAAAAAAACAUGGGAAAUCUCAUUGAGUCUUAAAGUUAAUUUAAUUAAUUUAUCUGUAAGAAAUGUUUAUCAUAAAAAAUAUAUAUGUAUUUCCCUGCGCUAGAUGUAAAAGUAAUUGGAAAGAUAUGAACAUCUGCAGAUGCACUGAUUCUUAAUUUUUUUAGAAGUCUUAAUGAGAUUUGAGUAUUGGUUUAGAAACAAGCAGAGCCUUGUUAAAUGCAUCAAUCUUACUUUGCUUAGUAUAUCAACAGCCUCUUCUUUAAGAUCGUUGGUUGUGUUACCCCUGUUACAACUGUUGACUGCUAACAAGAGGUCGAUCUAUGAACACACACUUCUUUUUUUAUACUAAAGCGGAGCUGGGUAUUACCAGCUUCGGCAGUGUUUUUAUGAGAAUGUUGAAAAGUACCAAGAUAUUUGCUACCAUUGUCAUUGAACCAAAUGUAAGAGCAACCAUCUUUACAAAGGGUAAUGGUUUUUACUACCUCUUGGAUUACUAAGUUAAGCGACAACUGGCUGACAAACAUCACCAGACUGGCUUAAACUAGUAUGUGUUGCUUGUGGUAAUAAUAACAGUAACCGUACUAGAGACCAAAGUGAACACUGAUUUCUAUUAAGUCAUUAAUACUGUGUCUUAUCUAGUGUUUCUAAAUUAUCUUCUGUAGUGUAGAUUACCUCAUUGUCCAUUUUGACUUGUAUGUUGUUUACAAGGUGAAAUAAAAGAAAAAUCACUUGAAUUUUAAGUUUUAUGGAAAAGACAGGAAGAUGAAGUUUUGAAAGUCAUUUCACCUGUUUACACUCUUGAGGGACUAAAGCACUGAUUGCCUUUCUGCAUAUCAUGUAUUUUAUAUUCUCAUUUCAUGCCUAAUGUCUUUUUUUCCUGUCAGUCAUGGAUAUUGUGAGGUUUAAAAGAAUUACUUGAUUAAAAAUAAAACAUAUA